UGUUUCAUAGUUACAUGCAAUGGAGAACGUGGCAGUUGUUGUUUGUUAGUAUGUGCGGGGAUUACCAUGAAUAGACUCUGAUGAAACGCUUGUAUUUCGAAUAGGAGCUGUCAAGAUCGUUACUGUGACGGACAUCACAAGGUCCUGUCAGUCUGAAAUAACAGGUUGUGUGAAAAUACCGAUCGGGUAUCCAGCUCAGGUUUUAGCUUGUGAUGAGUGACGGAUAUUCUCCCGAUGCCACGGAAGAACAAAAGGUUGUGGCGAAGGACGUGUUGAAUAAGAUAGCGGACAAGAAUGUACAGGAUACAGUUAUAUACGGUCGCUACACGGAUACAAGCGACCGGUAUGACAUGGCUAUGGACGUCUGCAACUACAACGGCCCGAAAGAGACGGCUGCCGUUGUUGCUGAAUGCUUUACAAGGAACAGAGAAAAUGUGCAUCUUUUGGAUGUAGCUGCUGGCACUGGUCUCUGUGCUGUAGAGCUUCGCAAACAUGGGUUCCUGAAGAUGGACGCCUUGGACGCCAGUCCGGGGAUGCUGGAGGAAGCUAAACGGAAAGGAUUGUAUGACCAGUACAUUAUUGACAUUUUAGGAGAAAAGACGCUUGACAUUUCAACAGAUACAUACGACGCCGUUGUCAUGUGUGGAUUCAGUAUAGAAAUCCUGCAAAGGCUACCGAUCACCGCAUUUGAAGAACUGAUAAGGAUAGUCAAACCAGGAGGCUACUUCAUCAACACUGGGUGGAUGAUGAUGUACACUGAUGGCGGCGAGGUUAAAGCAGAACAGCUGAGAAGACAACUUAAAACAUUGGAAGAAAAUGGCAAAUGGAAGUUUGUGCAACUGAAACAUUUUAAGAAUUAUAUAAAAGGGUUUGAUGGCGCCGUUAGUGUCCAUAUGAUCUGCAAAUGAUAUAUUGCAUGACGUUUCUAGUCCAUAAAGACUCAAAGACUCAUGUACAUACUACACUAUUCUAGUACACUGACUGUUAGUUAUAAUGUCAGAUUUUCGUUUACAUUUUGAACACACCUUUAUUAAUACAUUUGAACACACCUCUAUUAAUACAUUUGAACACACCUCUAUUAAUACAUUUGAACACACCUCUAUUAAUACAUUUGAACACACCUUUAUUAAUACAUUUGAACACACCUCUAUUAAUACAUUUAAACACAUCUCUAUUAAUACAUUUGAACACAUCUUUAUUAAUACAUUUUGAACACACCUCUAUUAAUACAUUUAAACACACCUCUAUUAAUACAUUUGAACACACCUCUAUUUACACGUUUGAACACUUGUAAUUACUUGAGUUAUAAUUGUUUAACAUAACGUAAUAACACUGGUUUCGUAUUGUUUGUAUUAAUGAUAUGACAAGAAGUCAGUUAUUGCUUGUGACAUGUAUAAUACACAUUUACAUGAUAUAUUGUUGUUGUUCUAUGUAGAUAUGUCAAAACCAUAUGUGCACUUUUUGUACGUCCAUUUCAUCGAGACAUGGAAUGUUUUAUUGGAAGUCUUGUGAAUGAAUUUUUGUAUUUAAACAAGAAUAAAUAUGAGUUAAAGAUGGUUUCUGAAACGCAA